AGAACCCAUUAUUAAUAGAUUGUGGGGUUGGGCCUUGUGGCACGAGGAAGCAUUCACACGUAAGGAGCACAUAGGAUAUGCACAAAACCACAGAAUACCAUAAAUUUUGCAAACCUCAAUCCAAAACGACGUGUGUUGAAGUCCAAAGGGUUGGAGAGAGUCCCAAUCCCGGAGGUUCGUCUGUUUUGCCGAAGGGAAAAUUUCUGAUACCCAUUUCGCAAAUCAAUCAGCAAUGACUAUGGGCAAUGAGACUGUGUUCUCAAAACUAUCCGACGACGUGGUUCUUAGCAUAUUGUUCAAGCUCGAAGACGACCCUCGAUACUGGGCACGCCUCGCAUGCGUCUGCACCAAAUUCUCCUCUCUAAUCCGCAAUGUUUGUUGGAAAACCAAAUGCUCCCAAACCAUCCCUUCCAUUGUCGCCGAUCUCUUCUCCGGCCCCGGCGACUCUUCCCCGCCUGGAGGUUGGGCGGCGCUGCACAAGCUCUCUGUUUGUUGCCCGGGACUCCUCCACUCUGGCGUCCUCUUGGAGAAUUCCGAUUUUGGUCUGGAUCGCGAGCUCGGGCCCGAUGAGGAUUAUCGGAAAGCGGGUUCGUUUCAGAUCACUGUUGGAGAUGCGACAACCCCAGCUGUGGCGUCUUCGAGCCACCAUGAUGGUAAUUCAGAAGUUUCUGAUUCAUGUUCUUGGUCUUUGUUUGACGAUCUUUACUUUGAUACUUGGUACAAUGUAUCUGAAACCAUGGAUGAGACUCAAAUUGGUGUGGAGGUUGAGAACGGUGCGGUGAAAGUGGGUGGAGAUUUGCCUGUUUCUAAGACAGCGAAGAGCUGCAGACCUCUGAGGUCACAUUUGGCUUCUGGGGUGUGGAAUUUGAGUCGUGAACAGGGCAAUAAGCUUCUUGCGAGUCGCUUUCGGGGGGAUUGUUUGUACAUUUGUGACUGGCCUGGGUGCGUUCACGUGGAAGAGAAGCGAAACUAUAUGCUCUUUAGAGGGGUUUUUAAGAAUUUCAAGCGGUCUAGAGUUUGGAGGACCAUAAAUGAUGGGAAUCGGAGCAAGGUUGAUCUGAAUUGUGCUUUUUGUCCAUGUAAGGAGACUUGGGAUCUGUAUUCUGCCUUCUGUUUGAGGCGAGGUUUUGGGUACCAUGAUGAUGGGGAGCCAGUUGUUCGAGCUUAUGUUUGUGAGAAUGGGCAUGUCUCUGGGGCAUGGACUGAGUACCCAUUGUACACUUAGACGUGGUAUCCUCAAUCUGCCAGUAUGAUAAUAUUUUCUUGGGUUAUUUGUUGCUCUGCCAUCUCUAUUGCGUAGAGAGAGUAUUUAAGAAAUGUUAUUGAAUAUUAGGGGGAUGUAUCUGGCUGCUUUCAUGAUUCUUCUGGGAGUGUAUAGGGCUUUGUGGAUAAAACUGGUUUUGCCUAGGGCUUUAUACAGGCUCAGCCGUGGGUGAAAUUUUGGUUCUGAAAGGUGGGUGGUUCUUGCUGGGUUUGUUAUGGAAAGUAAGGAUUUGAUUUAUUUAUUUAUUUUUUAUUUAUUUUAAUUUUAUAGGUGAGCAUUUUUUUCUGUCCCCAAGGACUCAAGCAUGGAACCUCCCACUCCCACUGUGCUUGAGCUAGGCCUUGAGGGCUGGAAGUAAGGAUUAGAAGGUGUGAAUGAGAAGAUAUCGCAUUAUUUCUUUACCUUAUCUUUAUGCUCCUGUUUAGCCCUAAUUAGGCACCAUGACGAGUAGAGUUAAACCCUGGCUUGAUCUUUUAGAGCUUAGAAGAGGACAGAGUGACUCUAAAGAGGGUUUUUUUUCAGGUUCUUGAAUCACUUGUAAGGAGAUAAAAUAACCUGUUUAUGAUAAAUUCAAGUCAUUGAUGGGGAUAAUGUACUAUCAUAAUUUAAGAGCUGUGUUUCAUGUUU